GCCCCGUCCGCGGGCCGGCGGAAGUGGCGCCGUUGCCAGGCGGCCGUUGCUAAGCGCGCGCUGCGUGCCCUGCGUAGGGUGAGCGGCGGUCUAGGCGGGAAGUGCGAGCUGGGACGCCAUGGCGAAAGCGUGGCAGCACCCGUUCCUCAACGUCUUCAGACACUUCAAAGUGGGCGAGUGGAAGCGGUCUACUAAGGAAGGCGACGUGACUCCUGUGACAGAUAAGACUCUCAAGUGCACGGUGUAUCGCAUCCGGGGUUCCGUGUCUGCCGGGAAUUACAUUCAGCUCCCCCAAACCAGCACCCAGUCUUUGGGGCUCACGGGACGGUACCUGUAUGUGCUGUUCCGGCCCCUGCCCUCCAAGCACUUCGUCAUUCAUCUGGACGUAGCCACCGAGGACAGCCAGGUCAUCCGUGUGUCCUUCUCCAGCCUCUUCAGGGAGUUCAAGUCUACGGCCACGUGGCUUCAGUUUCCCUUCAUCUGUGAGGCCCGGACGUCUAGGAAAGACCUGGCUGGCGUUGCCCCCUCUGGUGCCCGCUGGACGUGCCUGCAGCUGGAUCUGCAGGACAUCCUCCUGGUCUACCUGAACCGGCGUUAUGGUCACCUCAAGAGCGUCAGGCUGUGCGCCAGUCUGCUCGUCAAGAGCCUCUACACCAGCGAUUUGUGCUUUGACCCCGCCGUCACCGUUGCCGAGGCCCGGCGGGCAAAGCUGCCUGUCACUCCUGUACCUCGAGAAAUGGCAUUCCCGGUGCCCAAGGGGGACAGCUGGCACGAGCACUACAUCCACAUCCGGUUUCCAAGUGUCGGCUCAAGAGCACCUUCCGAGCCGGCUCAGAAGAGCCGCUCCCCUGCUGAAGCAGUUUUCCCGGGGCGCGUGCGGGAGCUCGUCCCUCCCCCAGUGGCUUUCAGUAAUCCUUUCCCGGACGGCGUGUCCCCCGCGGUCCAGAUGUUUGGCCCCACAGCCGCCCGGCCUGUGCCCAGGCCCCUUCCGGAGGUCAGCUUGCUCUGUGAGCACUCGGAGGUCCCCAGUAUGAAUGGCCCCCGUGACCGUAGCCAGGAGCCCUCGGCCAGGGCGGAGGUCACUGACAAGCACACAGCCGGCGACGGUGUUCGCACGGCUGCCCCGGAGUCAGCCGUGGUGCCCGUGGCCCUGGAGGAUGUGGCCCCGCGCCAGCCUCCUGGGAGAAAGCAGAGCAGGCCAGAGAUGACUUUGGGCGAGACUGUCUUUGAACAAAGAAGCUUUCUUCCGGAUCCGAUCCUCAAGCUCAAGGGCGUCAUUGGCUUUGGGGGCUGCAGUACCAAAUGGGCCCUGUGGACCAAGGAUGGGGCUGCUGUGGUGUAUCCCUGCCACGCAGUCAUUGUGGUCCUGCACGUGGACACCCGGGAGCAGCGUUUCUUUCUCGGCCAUACUGACAAGGUCUCUGCCCUGGCGCUGGAUGGGAGCGGCUCGCUGCUGGCCUCAGCCCAGGCCCGGCCCCCGAGCAUGCUGCGCCUGUGGGACUUCCAGACCGGGGGGUGUCUGUCCCUGCUCCGGAGCCCGGUCCACGCCCUCUGUUCCCUCAGCUUCUCCAGCAACGGGGUGCUGCUCUGUGGCGUUGGCAAGGACCCCCACGGGAGAACGGUGGUGCUGGCCUGGGGCACAGAGCAGGUGGGACGAGGCGGCGAGGCCAUCCUUCUGGCAAAGACGCACACCGGCGUUGACAUCCAGGCGUUUAAGGUUGCCUUUUUCGAUGAAACCAGGAUGGCGUCGUGCGGGCAGGGCAGCAUACGGCUCUGGCGGCUUCGAGGCGGGGAGCUGCGUUCCUGCCCCGUGGACCUGGGGGAGCACCGCGCGCUGGAGUUGACCGACCUGGCCUUCGGGCAGGCCCAGGACAGCCGUACGCUCUACGUGUGCGGCCGCAGCGGCCACAUCCUGGAAAUCGACCACCGGCGCAGGGCCGUGCGGCGUGCUCGCCGCCUGUUGCCCACACAGACCCCCGGCGGCCACUCCUCACAGAAGCAGCCGUUUGGCGCAGGCCCCGGCAUUUCCAUCAGCAGCCUCAGUGUCUCCCAGACCACGUGCGCCGUGGGCUCCGAUGAUGGUUACGUGCGCCUCUGGCCCCUGGACUUCUCCUCCGUGCUCCUAGAGGCAGAGCACGAGGGCCCGGUCUCUUGGGUCUGCGUCAGCCCUGACGGUCUGCGUGUGCUGUCCGCCACCCUCUCGGGCCACCUGGGCUUCCUGGACGUCCCCUCCCGAGAAUACAACACGCUGGCUCGCUCCCACACUGCACCGGUGCUGGCCCUGGCCACCGAGUGCAGCCGAGGGCAGCUGGCCACCGUGUCCCAGGACCACACCGUCCGCGUCUGGGACCUGGCGACCCUGCAGCAGCUGUAUGACCUGAGGUCCCCCGAGGAGACACCGCGCGCCAUCGCCUUCCACCCCACGCGGCCAGUUCUCUUCUGUGGCUUUGCCAGCGGGGCCGUCUGCUCCUUCAGCCUGGAGGCCGCUGGGGUCCUGGUACGGCACAGGCGUCACCACGGAGCGGUCACCGGCCUGGCCGCCAGCCCCGACGGCAGCUUCCUGUUCAGCUCCUGCUCUCGGGGCACCUUGGCCCAGUACCACUGCUCUACGACCCAGUGCUGCGUCCUGCGUGUGACAGCUAACAUGGUGUGCCGGGAUGCCCACCCAACCCCCAAUGCCCUGGUGGUUAGUGGGGACAGCCGCCUGCUGGCUUUCGUGGGCCCCUCCAAGUACGUGGUGACCAUCGUGAGCACAGCCUCGCUAGAAGAGCUGCUGCGAGUUGAUGUCAGUGCCCUAGAGCUGGCCAGCAGCCGCCUGGACUCGGCUGUGGCCAUCUGCUUUGGCCCCGUACCCCCCGGCCACCUGCUAGUGUCCACGUCGUCCCACACAGUGGUGGUGCUGGAUGCCGCGUCGGGCCGCGUGGUCCGGGAGCUAUCAGGCGUCCACUCUGUGGCCUGCCCCUCCCUGGCUCUCAGCAGGGAUGCCCGCUUCCUGCUGACGGCCACUGACCGGCUCAUCAGGGUGUGGGACUACCCGGCCAAGGCCAGCCCCGGCUGCCAGGUCUACAUCGGCCACUCAGAGCCCGUGCGCGCUGUGGCCUUCGCCCCUGGCCAGCGGCAGCUCCUCAGCGUGGCGGAUGCCAUCUUCCUCUGGGACGUUCUGGGUGCUCCCGGGAGGUCACCUUCGGGAAGUGCUGGAGACUCACCUGGGGCACCCCCGACCUGCGAGGCUGGCCCAGGUGCGAGGCAGCUGGAGGACACUGAGGCAGGCACCGGUGGGCUCCCCCGGCAGCAGGUGCCUGUGCCAUCCCAGGCUUCACCACUCCAGCGGGGCGCCCAUGCUUGGCCCCUCAAGGGUGCUGACGGUGCUUUCUCCACAGCAGAUGAAGAAGGACCAUCCCAGGAGAGCCACAACCCCGAGGGGCUCCAGCAGGCCUCAAGCCUGCCCAGGCUGCUGAAAGAGGCCAGCGGGGCUGGAGAUGGGGCCCAGGGGGCUGCCGGGGGCCCCUGGGGCUUCAGCAUGCGUCCCCACCCCUGUGGCUGGGCCACUGCUCGGAGCACCACAAAAGCCCAGGCCCAUCCCUCUGCUCGCCCAGACUGCUACAGGCACUUCACCGCUCGCUACAAGGCCUCCUCGCUGGUCAAGAGUGCCUCUGUCCCCAGUGCCCGAGUCGAGCGUCUGCUCCUGAAGGCCGUCGUGGGCUACAACGGGAACGGGCGGGCCAAUGUGGUCUGGAAGCCAGAUACAGGCUUCUUCGCCUACACGUGUGGCUGCCUGGUAGUGGUGGAGGACCUGCAUUCUGGCGCCCAGCGGCACUGGCUCGGCCACCCCGAGGAGAUCUCCACGCUGGCCCUCAGCCACAAUGCUCAGAUCCUGGCCUCUGCCUCGGGCUGCAGCAGCACAGCCUCCCGCUGCCAGAUCCGCAUCUGGGAUGUGCCUGGGGGCUCCUGCCGGCACCUUCUCUCUUACCACGACACCGCCGUGCAGGCCCUGGCUUUUUCACCGGACGACACGCUGCUCGUCACACUGGGGGACUACGGUGACCGCACCCUGGCCCUGUGGAGCGUGGCCACCUGCGAGCUCCUGUCCUCCGUCCGCCUGCCGGAGCCAGCGCACGGCGUGGCCUUCAACCCCAGGGAUGCCAGAGAGCUCACCUGCGUGGGCCAAGGUGCCAUCAUCUCGUGGCUCCUGCAGCAACGCGGGGCUGACGUCACCCUCCAGGUGCACCGGGAGCCCAUCCCUGAGGAGGUGGAGGCGGGCGAGCUGACCUCGCUCUGCUACGGGGCCACGCCUCUGCUCUACUGCGGCUCCAACGCUGGCCGGGUGUGUGUCUGGGACACAUGUGCCGGCCGCUGCUUCCUGGCCUGGGAAGCAGAUGACGGCGAGAUCGGAGUGUUGCUGUGCUCGGGAGCGCGGCUGGUCAGUGGAAGCAACACCAGGCGCCUACGCCUGUGGGCGGUGGGGGCCGUGCCGGAGCUGAGGCGCAAAGGUGUCCGUGCCAGGUCUAGCUCUGUGUUCAUGGAGCACGAACUGACCUUGGAUGGUGCCAUCGUGAGUGCCGUCUUCCACGACAGCAUGGACAUGGGCGUGGUGGGCACCACGGCAGGGACCCUUUGGUAUGUCAGCUGGGCCGAGGGCACCAGCACCCGCCUCAUCAGUGGCCACAGGAGUAAGGUGAACGAGGUGGUUUUCAGUCCCAGUGCGUCCCACUGGGCCACAUGCAGUGAUGACGGGAGUGUGAGAGUGUGGUCCCUGGCCAGCAUGGAGCUCCUGAUCCAGUUCCAGGUGCUGAACCAGAGCUGCCUCUGCCUGGCUUGGAGCCCUCCGUCCUGCGGGCGUCCCGAGGAGCAGCAGGUAGCAGCAGGCUACAGCGAUGGCACCCUGCGUGUCUUCAGCGUCUCCCAAAUUGCCAUGGAACUCAAGAUGCGCCCCCACCGGGCUGCGCUGACGGCCAUUGCCUUCUCUGCUGAUGGUCAGACCAUCCUCUCCGGAGAUAAGGAUGGGCUUGUGGCCGUGAGCCGUCCCCGCACAGGGAUGACCUUCCACGUGUUGAGUGACCACCGGGGCGCUCCGAUCUCCACCAUCCGGAGCACGAACAAAGAGUGCGGAGACCUGGGGGCAGAGGGUGCCGACCUGUGGCUGGCUGCCAGCUCAGACCAGCGGAUCAGCAUCUGGGCCUCCGACUGGCCACGUGGCCACUGUGAGCUCUUGGACUGGCUGAGUUCCCCCUCGCCCACCCUCACGGAGUUUCCCAGCCGCCCGCCGCCCUGUCUUGUUGCCUUCUGCCCCUGGGAUGGGGCACUGCUGGCGUGUGCGGGUCUCGGCGUGCAUCCGGAGGUGGUCUUCUACAGCCUCCACCAGAAGCAGGUGGUGGAGAAGAUCCCGCUUCCUUUCUUUGCUGUGUCCCUGAGCCUGUCCCCCGGAGCCCACCUCAUGGCCAUUGGCUUUGCUGAGCGUAUGCUGAGGCUGGUGGACUGUGAGUCGGGGGCCGUGCAGGACUUUGCUGGCCAUGACGACUUGGUGCAGCUCUGCAGGUUCGCCCCCUCUGCCCGGCUGCUCUUCUCAGUGGCCCACAGUGAGAUCCUGGUGUGGGAAGUCUCAGGCCACCUGGCCACAGAGGAGUCCCUGGGCUCAGGGUCCUGGCCGGCCUGGCGGAGAAGCUGAGCUGUCCCAUGGCCUCCUGCUGAGCCAAGGUGGUUUCUAGGCCCAUGUCUACACACCAGCGGACCUGCCGCUGUGAAUCGUCAAGAGCCUGGACUUUACGGAAAGUGCUCUCGAUCUGAGAGCUUUUGUAUGCUUCCGCCCUGUGAAGUUCAAAUAAACGUGGGUGUUGCAUUCUGG